AUGUCCAAGGAUGACAGGAAAGAGCAGGGCUAUGUUCUGGGUACCGAAGUUGAUGAAAGUGAUUCAUGUGAUGCCAUCAAUGCCUUGGUAGCCGCAGACCAUCAACAUGAAAUCAAGCUACGAACUAUGUCAUGGCAGAAAACAGCCUGCUUGCUUGCGGGUGAGCAGGUCUGUUUGGCCAUCAUGGCCCAGUCGUGGUCUCUCUCUGUUCUCGGGUGGGUUCCAGGGAUCAUUACUAUGGUCCUAUCGGGACUGCUCUUCUGGUUCACCUCAAUCACAAUGCACAAGUAUAUCAUGAAACAUCCUCAUAUUAUGGAUAUCUGUGACUUUGGAUACCAUAUCUUUGGCCAGAGUAAAGCCGCUUAUUGUUUCUCCGCAUUCAUGAUGCUUGCGAACAACAUCCUACUCAUCGGAUUCCACGUGUUGACUGGUGCAAAGGUGUUGAACACCCUUUCAGACCACACAUUGUGCACUGCUGUCUUUUCAAUCAUUGCAAUGAUUAUGGGAAUUGUCAUGUCCGCUCCCCGGACAUUGCAGCAUCUUAGCCUGAUGUCAAUGUUUUCAUCUGCCUGUAUGGGUAUCGCAAUCAUUCUCUUCCUUGUCUUUGCUGGUAUUGAGGAUGCCCCUCUAUAUGGGUACCAUGGAGAUUACCCAACAGCCGGACCCGUGAGGACUUAUGCUUUUCCUCUACCAGGAACUACAUGGAUCGCCUGUUUGAACGCUGUGCUGAACAUUACCUUCCUCUGGGUCCCUCAGAUCCUGUUCCCAACUUUCAUUUCCGAAAUGGAAAAGCCGCAAGAUUUCCCCAAAGCACUGGCGGUUCUAGCCAUACUCUCCGCCAUUCUAUUCAUUGUGCCUUCAACCAUUGGCUUCCAUCUGCUGGGCCAAUAUGCCACCGCACCAGCCUUCGGCAGUUUAGGAGUGGUGGCAUACAAGAAGGCGUCAUUCGGCUUCGUGAUUGUGCCCACUCUGGUCAUUGGCGUGAUCUACGCUAACGUUAGUGGAAAAUUCAUCUAUACUCGCAUCCUAGGGAAUUCCCGUCACGCGCAUAGCCACACAUUCGUUGGAUGGGGUGUCUGGGGCCUACUGAUGGUUGGUAUCUGGGUCCUUGGGUUUGUUUUUGCUGAAAUCAUUCCCAGCAUGGGCGAUUUCCUUUCUCUAGUCGGCGCGGCCUUUGAUUCCUUCUUCGGGUUCAUUUACUUCGCCGUUGCAUACUGGCAGUUGCAUCGGGGAUCACUUUUCAACGGGCUGAGCAGGACCACCAUGACCUUGCUUCAUGCUUUCGUUUUUAUUGCUGGACUGUUCUUAUUGGGCCCUGGGCUGUACGUUGCCGUUGAGGCGAUCAUUGCUGAUUAUGCCGGUUCUACAACACCUGCCUUUACGUGCGCCAACAUGGCCAUUUAA